AUGGAAAGUGACGACCUUUUUGAGGAGACCGAGACACAGCAGGCAAAACGUCGCGAGGCUGCGCGAUAUGUAGAGCAGUACGCGGAGCGAGACUGGGGACUGGCUGCCAGACAGCGGCGGGUUCAGGGUGCCGACAAGGACAUGGUGAUGGAGAGCUCCCUCGUGCUCCGAGUCGACAAGAAAGUCGUCUUCCAGGAGAAGCAGGGACAGCAGGCCAAGGUCUGGGACUGCGCAUUGGUGCUAGCCAAGUUCCUGGCCAACGACGCAUUCUUCCCACAUAGUUUUUUCGUGAACAAGCGCGUGAUCGAAUUGGGCUGCGGCAUCGGCGUGCCGGGCAUGGCUGCAGCUGCACUUGGAGCGAAGGACGUUGUACUGACCGAUAUGCCCAUUGCGGUGUCCUGGAUCCAAGCCAACAUCGAGCGGAAUCAAACGCUCGGCUGCAUCUCCGGCAACAUUCGUGCGCAGGAAUUGAUGUGGGGAGAAGAUGACGAUCUUGAGUCACACCGGUUCGACGUCAUCCUGUGCUCAGACCUGGUGUACGGCCACCGCGAUAUCUCCCAGAAGCUGGUGCAGACAAUCGUGAAUUUGUCACACCCUGACACGCUCAUUGUUUCCGCACACGAAGCUCGGUUCGCUGGAGAUCGAGGCGAGUCCUUCUUCGUACUGCUAUCCGAGCAACAGUUCCAAAUCGAACAAGUGUCCCGCGAACGCCUCGACGCCGUCUACAGCGCCGCCAACAUGCACGUGCAUCUGAUUCGACCUCCACUUAGAAAUUUUAAAUAA